UGGCUGUCCACUGGCCCCGGCCACAAGGAUCGGAGGCCCUGCGCCAGCGUCCUCGUCCGCGUCGGCCGAGUCUGGUCGAUCAUCUUUUCUUGCGACCCCGUAACGGGCCCGGCCGUUUUGAGGCCCGUAAUGCCCACGGCCGCCGGUUUUGCUUUUGUCUUCCGCACGGUCUUCGCUGGGCUUGCGUCUCGCCCGUCCAAUUUCCUCUCUCAGGCACCACCAUCCGCCUCUGCAACCCAUCCUGCAUUCAACCCAUUCUUCUGUCUGCCCGCCUGCCAUGGAUGGUCCUGAUCCAAGUCUCGGUCCCACCGCCCCCGUUCCAACACCCCACAAGGUCUUUGCCCAGGCCGAGGCCGAGAUGCGCCAGAACCUCAUCGGCGAGGCCGCCCGCAACUAUGCGAUCGCGGCCACCCAGGGACAUGUCCUCGCGCAGGUCGCCCUCGCAAGAAUGUAUUCCAAGGGCCUCGGCGUCGAGCAGUCCUAUCGCAGCGCCUUCAAGUGGUACGUGAAAGCUGGCUUUGUCGGCCAUGCCAUGGCCCAGUUCAAUGUCGGCUAUUUCUAUGAGCACGGCAAUGCCGUUACUGUCGACCUGGCCGAGGCAGAAAAGUGGUAUCGCAAGGCUGCCGAGAACGGUCUUCCCAAUGCCCAAUACCGGCUCGCUGUCCUGCUCUCCAGCGCUGAUCCAAACUCGACCGAGGCCUUUGAUUUCGCUUUGGCCGCGGCUGUCCAGCAAUUUCCCUUGGCCUAUGGCAUCCUGGCGUCGUUCUACCACCACGGUCGCGGAAUCGAGCGCAAUUCAAGCCAAGCACUGAAAUGGUGCAAGCUGGGUCUCCGGAACUCCGAGAGCGCCGAGAUGCUCUUCUUACUCGGAAGCAUCUACGACUCCCAUUCGGACAUUCGGGACGAGGAGGCUGCUUUUGAGGCAUGGAUGAAAGCCGCCCAUAUGGACCACCCCGAGGCUGCCUACGGCGUCGGCUGCUAUCACUAUCACGGCCACGCCGGUUUGGAUGUUGACUACAGCGAGGCGCUUUAUUGGUAUUCAGCUGCCGUGCGUCACGGCUUCGUCAAGGCCAAGUUCUGCAUUCCCUAUUGCCACUACAAUCUGGAAGACUACGGCGUUUCAUUCACCAUGUUCCUUGGGGACGUUCAGGGCGGCAAUACCUCUUCCAACGUUGGCCUCGGCCAUUCUUACUACUACGGACGUGGCACCGACCAAGAUAUCGCUGCUGCCGUCCAUUGCUAUCUUGCACUCGCUCCCGACGACCAGACUCCUGAAGUCAAGACCAAUCUCGGCAAGGUUUUUCUUGACGGAGCCGGCGGCCUGGACAAAGAUCCUGCAAAAGCCCUGGCGCUCUUUAUCGAGAGCAGCGACCAAGGCGAUGCCAGUGGCAUGUACUAUCGCGGCUACUGCAUCGAAGAAGGCCUGGGCUGCGAUGCCAGCACUAAUUUGGCCAUCCCUUGGUACGAGCAAGCUUACCUCAGACACAAUCCGUUGGCACAGGACGCUCUCUUGCGUCUCGACCGCUUCAGCUGCAGCGUUGUGUUCCCAGAACCCACUUUGAACUCGACCGGCGCCCAGCCAGAGGAGUAUGUCUUUGAAGACGAUGAAUAGCUGUGCUGCUGUGGCGAGCACAUUACGCAGAAUGGCCUUCCAGAAGCCAGCACCUGCAGUGCCUGCCCCUUGUAUCCCUGGCGAUUGAUCACCGCUCUCCAUAUCCUUCCUAAUGGACCCGCAUCCUCCCUCUGGUAUAGAUUGAUCACUUUCCUCCUUCCCUCCAUCUCAUUUAGAAAGAGCACCUUGGCUCGUAAUCCCUAUAGAUCCCCGCUACAGUUAAUCAGCGUCCUCAUAGUACGAUAGUCCUAAUUGGUACCAAUAAACUAGACUACAG